AUAAAUUUCCACAUAAAGAGUGCACACAAACGUGAAGAAUAUUGCGAUGGUUAUGCACGCACGACUGACCUUCACGAAGAAUUCGAGUGUUUCGUAGCAAAAAUACGGAUGACACGGAAAGCGAACGUGAACGUAGUUGGAGGAGGGAGCGCGAAAAGCCGCGGCGAAUUCACGUUUGCAGUAGACGAUCAUCGGUGCGCUUGUUUCGCAAUACAAGCCUCCGUGUAGGUAGUCUGGAAGAAGCGUCGCUUUGUUCGCGUGAAACGUGCCGCGAGUGCUCGCCAGGUUUCGACGUGAACACACGAUACGUUUAUUGCCCGCCCAUUAUCCAGUGUGGUAUUACUUCCGUGUCUUCCAUCAACGCGUUCUCUCCUUCUGUUUUACUUGAAUAAUCUGACUACGUUAUAAAGUGGAGUAAAUCAGAAGAUGGUUUUAAAGUUGUAUUAAGUGAUGUCACGUGGAAAGUGCAAAGUGUAAUGAGUUGAACAAAGGUCUCGAAAUCUUGUUUUAAUCGAUAAGAUAAUUCAAAGAUAUCGGAUUAUAAAUAGCACUUUUAUUCGCAAAUGUAAGGUGACAAUGUGCAAAUAUCCUUAACGAACAGUGUUAUGUUCGAACACUGAAAGACUUCUCGAAAAAAAGUGAAAAUGUCAAAUGCAAACUUACCGCGCGUCGACGACCUAGAGAAGAGUCCUCAAUGGACCAUUCUCACCAAUGAAAUAAAUGGUCUGGAACAACUAUGUCGCUUGAAUAACCAUCGUCAUCCUAGACGGCAACCAUUGAGAUAUAAUUAUUAUCGAUAUUCGAUGCCUCAGAUGCAAAAAGCAACAUCUGUUUGGAUAGAACCUAGUAACGAAUUGAACGAAGAUUUUCAAGGAAACAAUGAAUUUUCAAAAUAUAAUACUGGAGAGAUAUAUCGAUGGAACUGGAGACCGAAGACAGAGUUCGAAAGAACUUAUUUUUUCUAUGAUUACGAUCAAGGGAAUCUUCAGCAUGACACGCAGAAAGAUUAUACUCCUCUUCAUUGUAAUAAAACUUUAAGUCAAAAUGUAAAUACUCAAGAAUCCGAUGAAUAUCAGACAUGUCAUAGUUCGUUGCUUCGAUCAGAUCGAUCCCAAAACUCUUUCAACGAGGGCAGCUUCGCACAGAUUUACAAUAAGAUCUACGACAACGAGCCUGCUUAUAGUGGAACCAGAGAAAGACUGCACGAGAUCUUCGAGCGCAACAGAUACUUGAGAAGAAAGUUCUUCUCCAGCACACCAGACGACGAUGCGACCAAUUAUAUUAGUGACUUUCCCAAGGAACUUGAGAACAAAAAUCCCAGCUCGACAUUGAAAUAUAACGGAUUCGGAAGUACAGAAACUAUCACCAGUCAGAGCAAUCAGUCAUCCUUAAGUAGCAACGACAGGAAAUCUAGGUGUCAAUCGAACGUCACCACUCUUGAGGCCGAGGAAGAUAUUUGCAAUAGCGAGUUCUCUCACAAGACCAGUUGUUCGAAGAGUUCGGUAAACGUGGAUCAUAUGGAAGACGGACGCAUUAUGUCGACCACGACAAAUGGAAAAUUGUUAGUGAACAUUGAAUCAGGAAAUGAGGUAUGUCAAGUGAACGAAUCUACGGGCUUACAUAAUGCAGUUUCUAUGAAAAAUUCUACUCUAAAUAACAGUUUAGUACCUAGCCAAAAAUUCAAUUCUAUGGAUAAUUCCAAGUAUGAUUUAGAUGAUGUUAAACAAUGUGAUACAGUUAGUCAAUACGAAUCAAACGCAUGGACGUGUUAUCAACAUAACUUGGAAUAUAAGAACGAGAGUAAAUAUCAAAAUGGAGAAGGUAAAAUUAGUGGUAGUAAUGAAAAACUUGAUCUACUUUCGAAUUCUCAAACCAAUAUCAAAUAUACGACAAAGGAUAUACUUCAACAGCGGCAAGAAACAAACAAAACUAAUAAAUCUGAGAAAUACGAGUCCUUGAGCAAAAAUCAAAAUAAAGAUGUGUAUAUUUCAAAUCUAAAGGAACAAGAAGUAAAUAUAGAACCUGAAGAUUCCAAAUAUUCGUAUCGAUUGCAGGACAAUUACAAAUUAGUAGACAAUACCGUAGGAUCGGACUUGUCCAUUUCUGAGACCAACAGAUCGAAUGGAACGCCAUUUAAUAAAGACAAAACUUGGAUGAAAGAUAAAUUCACUUCACGAGCGACAAAUAGAUGGGAUUCUUUACAAAAUCUUUGCAUAUCCCUACCAAAUUUAUCUUUUUACGAAAAAAUGUCGAAUUCUUCGGAUAAUAAUUUUACGAAUAAUUUAGCAACAAAUUUAUCCCUUCAAUGUGAUUCGAAAUCAGGAGCAAAAUCUGAAUUAUUAAUGAACAUCCCAAACGAACAAGGCAGACAAGAAACAAAAAGACUCGCAGAUAUUUCGCGUCACAGGUCGAUCUACCAAAUAGUUGCAGAGAACCAACGAGCUUAACUUUACGAAGAGUGAAAAUAGCAAAAGUGCCACCUCCUUUGGACUUGUUCAGAGUGAACGAAAAGUACGAAGAAAUAGAAGCUUUUGAGAGGAAACAGUUGAACACGAUGAACGCGUCUCCCGUUCGA